AUGGAGCGGAAGGCGCAGAUCAAGCAGAGGAAGAGGAGCGCGAGAGCCGCGGCAGGCGCGACGCCCGGCAUGCCGAAGCUGCCCAAGGGCUGGCCCAAGGAGGCCUUCGCCGAUGCGGGAUCGUGGUCCGUGCUGCUGUGGGUAGGGCUCUUCGCCAUCUUCGUUGCCUUCGUCUGGUACUCCUUCUCUGGCGCCUUCGAGCCGAGCACCAACGUCGACGUUGAGGAUGACGACGACGGCCUCGGCAUCUUCCCCCAUUCUUCACCCGACCCCACCGCCCUUUUCAAUUAA